AUGACCACAAAUACUACCAACUCAACCAACACAAGUACUGCUCCAUCUUCUUCCGAGGAACCAUCAUGGUUCUCCUCUCCUUGGUGGUGGACGUUUGGUUCGGUACCAGAAAUUGAUUCCGAUACAUUGCAUCAGUUGGUACAAUCCAAACCCGAGCCUCCUCCUCAAAUUAUAGAUGUAAGGACAGAAACGGAAUAUCAAGAAGGUCAUAUUGAAGGCUCUCUGAAUUGUUCCUUCCUUCCAAAUGUUUUUAGUUUUUCAUCGAGAAUGGAACAGAUGAAAUUAGAUCCUUCACGCCCUGUUUAUGCUAUAUGUUUGAGUGCUCAUCGGAGCAUUGCUGCAGUGAAAUGGCUUUCACGGAAUGGAUAUAAUGCGUUUCAAUUGAAAGGAGGAAUGCAAGAAUGGAGAAGAAUGAAUAAGCCGGAAGUGAAAUGA